AUGGCGACUGUUCUAAGUCACCUGAAACGCGUCCAACAACACAAUGUUGCGACUCUGCGCCGCUCCCCCCUCGCCGAGAUCUCUGGGGCUCUCGGCGACCUGGGAACUCUCCUGCCCUUAAUGAUCGCAUUGGCAGUCCAACGUUCCAUCUACCUUGACAGCACUCUAGUGUUUUCCGGAAUCUUCAACGUCGUGACUGGCGCCGUCUUCGGCAUCCCGCUACCUGUGCAGCCGAUGAAGGCCAUCGCCGCCGCUGCCAUCUCACGGUCCGAAUAUGGCAACAUCCAAACCGUCAUGGCCGCCGGCCAGUGGGUCAGUCUGGCCGUCCUCGUAAUGAGCCUCACGGGCUUGAUCCGCUGGGUCACCAGGAACGUCCCCGUACCCGUCGUGAAGGGCAUCCAGCUCGGCGCCGGCCUCUCUCUUGUGAUGGCUGCCGGCUCCAGCCUGCUCCGGGACCUGCACUGGACGCACCCCGUCGUCGACAACAGGCUCUGGGCCCUCGCCGCUUUCCUCUUGCUCAUCUUCACCCAGAGGCUACCGCGUUUCCCCUACGCGCUGUGCGUUUUUGUUCUGUCUCUCGUCUUCGCCUUCAUCGCCAUCCUCACGGAACGCGACGACGUCCACAUUCUCCGCAUUCCCGACAUCUGGCAGCCUCACUGGUUCCAAUGGGACCUUGACUGGUUCAAGUACAAGCCCCUGUCCAUGGCCAUUGGCCAGCUGCCGCUCACCACCCUCAACUCCGUCAUCGCCGUCAGCGCCCUCGCGGCCGACCUGCUCCCUGAUAUGCCCACCCCGUCAGUAACCGCCAUGGGCAUCAGCGUCGGAGUCAUGAACCUGAUCGGCACCUGGUGGGGCGCCAUGCCCGUGUGCCACGGCGCUGGCGGGCUCGCGGCGCAGUACCGCUUCGGAGCACGCAGCGGCGCAAGCGUCAUCGUCUUGGGCCUGUUCAAAAUCGUCCUGGGUGUCUUCUUCGGGAACUCUCUUAUCGACCUGCUUAAGCACUACCCCAAGAGUCUGCUGGGCGUCAUGGUCAUCGCUGCGGGACUCGAACUGGCCAAGGUUGGGCACAGCCUGAAUCAUGGCGCCUCGGAUCUCUGGGAGAGUUCUGUUGGUAGCGGAGAUGGCGGCUUCACGAGGCAGCAUCGCACGCUCUCGGACAACGAGAGGGCCGAGAGAUGGACGGUCAUGCUGAUGACUACGGCGGGCAUUCUCGCCUUCCGCAAUGACGCUAUUGGCUUUAUUGCAGGCAUGCUGUGUUACUGGGCGUACCGGCUCUCGGACAGGACGCAGAAGUGGUGGGAGAGCAGGAGAUCUCUGAUUGGCGGCGAGACCGCACCGCUUCUGAGUUGA